AUGCCUAUUCCUCUGCCUUUUGCCAGUACUCCUUCGAGUACGGCCUGGAGCCCGUCUAGUCACUUUCAUGUACGGAGACAAGCUGCCAAUGGCUGGAGAGACGGAGAUGGACUUGAUUUUCGAGCAGUCGAUUUAGUACCGAGUGCUACUGCGGAGGAUAUUCGGGAUCGCUGGUUGAGACCUUAUAUUCUGCCGCCCUUGGGGCAAGAUGAGGUACCCAAGGUUUACCACCCUUUUACGUUGCAGUACAUUUCACGGAUAUUGAGCACUUAUCCACGGUUCAUGCUGAAAGACAAGGAUGUUCCUCCCAUACUUCAUCGCUCACAAAUUGAAAGGAAAGAAUUACCUCGAUCGCUUGCAAACUGCUACAGUCUGGUCCGAAUGUGGGAACAGGCGGUACCAGGAAGUGAGAUUAUGGUAAUAAGUACGCUCGAAAAGGAAAUGGAACGACUGGCUGAAGAGGUACCUCUACACGUUGAAAUGCUCUUUGUGACAUUGUAG